AUGGCUGCAGUCGGCACACCGAACAUGCAGCACGUCACCGCGCCAAGAAUCGCACUGGUGGUCAGCAACAACAGUAACGAAUCCGAUGGAACCGGUAAUCCUUGCUCAAAGCCACGAGUAGUGCGCAAUGAUGAACCGCUCAAGAUCGACAUGGCCGAGAAGUUCCUGAACACCAUCAACAGAACCGGUCUCAAUACGUCCAACAUCGCCUUCUCCACGAUCAGCAACUUACCGAGUGGGUACUCAUGCUGGUUCGCACCUCGACCCCAGCGACCAGGGCAGAGCGUAACUUACGACAUCUACAUUGCAGGGCAUCCGAGUGGCAAGGACUUUCUGUCAUAUCUAGCCUUCUUCGACCACUUCGCGUGGCUACAGCUCUACGGCUUGACUGGAGGCUGUCAAUGCUGCCUGUGUACUGGGCGUAGUCGUAACAGGACCGAGGGACUGAGAACUCCGCUGCCACCGACUCUGGCGAUACCGCAGGUCAUUCAACUACCGCAACAGACUAUCGCGUCAGUGCCGGCGCGCGCUCUUCUGGCAGCGGCGGCUGUGCCACCAGCGGUCGCUCUGCCCAUGAGCUCGGGUCAAAGCAUAUCAGCAGCGCCAGCGCCCACUCUCCAGAAUUUGUUCACGACUAAUGGCAUCGCCUCAGCUUCGACUGCAAACAUCGCUCAUUCAGCAAAGACUGCACCACCGACGACAAGCAUGCAGCAAGUGGUCAUGCCAGCAGCUCCUAAUACUCCAUUCCCUCAGCCACAAACUGGCAACUUCAUGGCUGGUGAUGGCAUGACUCCUCCUACAAACGAUCAAGCUCUGGGUGAGACCAUCAACAACCCGGAUCUUCGACAGGACAUGGACGGCGACAUUGACAUGAUGAAUCUCGAAGAUGAACACGUUCGAGAUGAGCCAGAAAUUGGAGGAGAGCCACAGGCCGGACAGCGGGCCAACAUUGGCAGCGUCAGCUACUGGACAGCACGCGCCGAGCAGCAACGUGUAGUCGAGAAUGCUGCAGCCGACGCACAGCAGGAUCCGGUUCUGGACACAAGGGUCAACUUGUGGCCGUUCCAACAGCGUCCUGCAACGAUCUCUGCUGCGCAAUACGCCGCACUCGCAUCACCCCUCGACGCUUUCCGACCAGGCGCUGACCCAAAUGUGAUGCUGUACGAAGGAAUUUCCCACGAGGAGGUAUUGGCGUUCUUCAGUAGGACCAACUACAAUCGUGACGAUGCGAUUUGA